GCCCUAAAGAAUAAAAAAGAAACCGGAAAAUGCCUAGACUGUAACCAUGGUAACGCCACGCGCCCUGUCGCACUUGUGCUGCAGGUCCACUUUGAUGUUAAUUUAUUGAUUAAUUAAUGAAGGCAGAUGGAUUUAGAUCAAAUUCUCGAAGAAUGUCACAGGAAGAAAUGGGAGUCGCUGAAUCUCAGUCACCGCGGAUUAGUUUUAGUGCCAGGACGCGUUUCAGAGCUAAAAACAUUAAAGAAAUUAUUCCUGAACGACAACCGACUUAUUUUACCCCCGGAGGAGAUUGUGCAACUUGACCAUCUUGAAGAACUCAUCCUGGAUCAAAACCAGCUGACUCUUCUUCCUAAAAACAUCAGCUCCCUGAAACACCUGACCUACCUGGCUGUAACCCACAACCCUCUCUCCAUCCUCCCCGAAGCUUUGGGAGAUCUCCGAGAACUCCGAGAGCUCUGGGCCUCGAACUGCGGCCUGGUUUCUGUCCCAUCGUCCGUAGGCAAACUGGACAAGCUGCAAAAGCUCAGUCUGAGUAACAACUCCAUCACGACUUUACCACCGCAGUUUGGGAGCCUCAGAAGUCUGCAGUGGUUGAACUUGGCUGAUAAUAAAAUCGAAGAUGUUCCAGAAGAUUGGAAAAACUUACAGUCGCUGGUCUUCAUUAAUUUGAAUAAGAACAACUUUGAAAAGAUUCCAAAGACUCUCACAGAAAUACCAAAUCUUCAAGUUCUUCUAAUGAACUUCAACAGUAUCACCGCAUUGGAGGACGAUUUCAUCCUGAGUUUCAGCAAACUAAUAAAACUGGAUCUCAGGCAAAAUCCAUUAAAGCUCAGACCACAACACUGGAAGGGUCUGGAUUUUAUAUUGCUUGGCAGCACAGAAACGGUGAUGGAUGAUAUAUGAUAAAUACACAAUACAACCCGAAUUCCCCCUGUUUGCUUUUCACAUGAGUGGGUAUGGCAGGAGGAAGUGCAGUGAAAGAUUUACGAUAAAACACACAACGGAGAACAAACAAGUCGUUUUUAUUGUAGUUUUAUAAAUAAAUCGGGCUUUAAUUGGGCUGGAAAAACUGAGGACAGGUUUCUGCUCAGAAAGAACAUUUUUUACAUCGUAAUAAAGGAUUCUGGUUUAUAAAGUGAAGCAUUAAACAGUGUUAGGAGACUGUAGAUGGCGCUAUAGUGUAGGAUGUGACAGUAUUGCAAUUAGGGACAUGUGAUCGAUCCAAUAUCAGUGUUUUAUUUAGAAGAUCGAUUCCAACAUUAAAAUAUCAACUUAACCUGUAGAUUGCCAUUUUGUUUGUAUAAAAACUUUACUUUAACAAUAAUUUCUGAAAUAAACAAAUAUAAUUAAUAGAAAUUUUACCAUGAAAAAAUGAGACCCUAUGCGUUUCUUUCUAAUGAGUUCUUGGGUUUUUGGGGUCUCUGCAUCAUCUGGACCUUCUGAGAGAAUUUCCUUCUAGAGAAUGUCAGAAGAUCAAGAGCCAAAAACAUCUCGUUUUUACAACAAAAAAAGCAUAUAAAUGAGAGGAAACAUGGGAACAUGACAUGACAGUUGUGUGACAGUUGUUGUAUAUUAAUAAAAAAGAGCAAAAAACAUUUACACAGAAGCGACAUUGAAGUUGCUAGAUACAGUAUCUCUCAAAAGUAAGUACACCCCUCACAUUUCAGCAACCAUUUGAUUAUAUCUUCCAGAAGUACAAUACUAAAGAAAUGAAAGUUGGACGUCGUGUAAAAAUGUCAUCAUGUUCAUGUUUUUGUCUGCUUGACAGAAUCAUACUGAUGUGUGUAUCUUGUAUUAGAGCAGUUAAAAUUUGCUUUGAGUCCAAUUCUCUCCUACUGAACACUGGAUGUUCUACAUGGACCUCAUGGUAAAGAGUCUCUGAGGAUUUGAGAAUUUUAUUUGUUGCUCUCCACAAAGAUGCCGAGGCUGUAAGAAGAUCAGUAUCACCCUGAAACUGAGUUACAGUACACACCAUUUCUCUAUAAUUGAUGUUUCCUGCAUACAGGUUCGAUAUCAUUAACAAUUCCACUUCACGUUUCCCACCUUAAAACCAGUGCUUCUCAAACAACAGCUCUAUACACUGUAGUGAAUGUUACAGUCAGGUCUUUACUGGAAUCACCAUCUGCACCUCUUUUGGUCCAUAAAUAAAAGUGUUGUCUGGUACAAGCGGGUUUUAUGGGAGUC